ACCGGCUGCCUCACAAAUCGCCAUCAAUUUCCGGUAAAAUUCUGUGCAAUAUGGCACAAAAGUCAGAAAAAGAUGCUCCCUCUUUAUCUGCGCGAUUCGCUGAGUUGAACAAAUUCGCACAGAAUCAAGAGUACACAAAGGCUCUAAAAGUAGCUAAUAGAAUUGUGCAUGAAAAUGGAAAGAAUUCCACAGCCUUUCAGUGCAAGAUAAUUUGUUUAAUUAAACUGGACAAAUUUGAUGAGGCUCUGACCCAUAUUCAUAAAUCCAAGGAAUUGUCAAGUUAUGUAGCAUUUGAGAAGGCGUACUGUGAAUAUCGUCUGAACAGAACACAGGAUGCUCUCAGCACACUGAGAGGAAUAUCCCAACCAGACACUAGGAUCAAGGAACUGCUGGCACAAGUGCUGUACCGUCUCGAAGAAUAUCAAGAAUGCUAUGAUCUUUAUAGAGAUGUCAUUAAAAACUCAGAGGAUGAUUAUGAUGAAGAGAGACAGACCAAUCUUUCAGCUGUUCUUGCCUCACUGCAACUCUGGGAUGGGAAAACCAUGGAUGACCCAGGUCUGGAGGAACAUUCAUAUGAACUGUGUUACAACAUGGCUUGUUACCUUAUUGGGAAAGGGAAUUAUAAGGGAGCAGAACAGAAGCUGAAGAAAGCUGAAGUUUAUUGCAAGCAGAGUUUUGAGGAUGAUCCGGAUGUGACCGAGGAAGAGAUUGAAGAGGAACUUGGGAUCAUCAGAGUUCAGCUGGCAUUUGUAUUGCAAAAGCUUGGCAAAAAUGAAGAAGCCCUGCAGCUCUACAACCAGGUUCUCAAGAACAGACCUGAUGAUAUGGGUCUUCUAGCAGUAGCCUCUAACAACGUUGUCACUCUCAAUAAGGAUCAAAAUGUCUUUGACUCCAAGAAGAAGAUGAAGCUUGCUACUGGAGACAACCUAAAACAGAAACUGACUUCCCCUCAGAAGUGUUCCAUUAAUGUUAACCAGUGUCUGCUGCACAUGUACACCAAUCAGGCAGAGCAGUGUCACACCUUGGCAGGAAAGCUGAAGAAGCAGUACCCAGACAUGGCCUCACCUGUCCUGAUAGAAGCUGCUCAGUUUGUGAGGGAGAAGAAAGCAGAUGAAGCCCAGAAACUUCUUAAUGACUAUGCCGGCACCCAUCCAGAUAAAGCAUUGACCACCAAGGUAGUGAUGGCCCAGCUAUAUCUCACCCAUGGCCAUGUGUAUGAAGCGUGCAACUCCCUGAAGUCAUUAGGGGAUCUAAGAUACAAACCAGGAGUGGUGUCCGCCCUAGUGACAUUGUAUCUCAACCAGGAAGACAAGGACUCGGCCUCUGAGGUUCUGGUUCAAACUGUGGACUGGUACAACAAAAACCAGCCAAAGUCGCCCUCCCUCCCAGUAUUGAUGAGAGCCAAUGCUGACUUUCAGUUAAAGAACGGGAGUCCUCAACAGGCAGCUAAAAUGUUGGAGGAAUUGAGGAAGAAGAAGCCAGAUGAUCCCAGAAUCUUAGCUCAGCUGAUUGCUGCCUACUCUCAGUUUGAUCCUACAAAAGCUAAACUAGUUAGUAAGGACCUGCCCUCAGUAGAAGAGAUAGCACAAGAUAUUGACGUCGACCAGCUGGAAUCCUCCUUCAGCACACUCGGUCCUAAAUACAUGAAGAAGAAAACUGAUGCUGCACCUUCUCCUGGGCCCGGUGGUGAUAUGAUCGUACAGAAGAAGAAGAAAAAGAAGAGGAGGAAGGGCAAGAUGCCCAAGAAUCUUGAUGCCGAGAUCGACCCUGAGAGAUGGUUACCUAGGAGAGAGCGGUCAUAUUACCGAGGAAAGAGAAGGGACAAACGGAAGGAAAUUGGUAAAGGUCCUCAAGGAGCUACCAGUGGAGUGACCGACAGCCUAGAUGCCAGCAAGACCCCAGGUAGUGACCCCAACUCUCCUCAUCCCGGGACUGCUUCUACGACCAGUACAACUGCCCCAUCCCCGGCCCCUGCUGCUCAAGGUCCACGUCAACAGAAGCCAGCCCAGGCCCAGAAACGAAAAAAGAAAGGGGGCAAGGGUGGAAAGUGGUGAUUCCUGGACACUGGAAGGGUGAAGAAUUAGGGGAAUGCUUAUACUGAUUGUAUUAAACAUGCAUAGACAUGUUGUGACCAGUCACUAACUUCAUUUUGAAAUCUUGGUGUAUUAGAAAAUUUCUUCACCUUUUUUUUUCAAUGUAAAUCUGUCUUCAAUACAAUAAACAGGUCGUGGCUUGGAAUUUG